GUAACGUUCCCAUUUAUUAUUGCUGAGAGUAGGGUAAAGCAAAUAAAGGAGGAAAGGGCAGAGAUGCAAAAUGGGUCGCGGGAUUCACGUACAGAGGUUGGGCAGUGACAGAUGAAAAAUGGUAAAGUGGAUGAAAACAUGGAGAAUGGAUUCAGAGAUCGAAGCAAAGUCAUUCGUCUCGUUUGAGACACGAAAGGAAAAUCAUUUUUAUUUAUUACUCUAAGAACCAAUAACGGUAACAAAAAUAGUAUUUAUUAUUAUUAUUAUUAUUGCAAUAAAUAUAAUAUAAAUACAUGGAGUGCUGAAGACUCAAGUAGAGAAGUGGCGAGUGGUUCAUAGUUGGUCGUUGGAAGUGCUAAGCAUUUUCACAGCACAGUCUGAGUUUGUGGGAAGAGAGGAAGUGAAGCCAUGCGUUUUUGUCCGUGUUUUGAUUCCGACGUCGCCUUUGCGGAUCGCGACCCGGUUCUACUGGUUUCGGGUAUGGGUGGCUCCGUUGUCAAUUCAAAGCCAAAGAAAUUCGGGUUCACCACUCGGGUUUGGGUCAGGCUCUUCCUCGCUGACUUGGAGUUCCGCAAGAAGAUUUUGUCCGUUUACAAUCCCAAAACAGGUUACACCGAAACGUUAGACAAGAAUUCUGAAAUUGUGGUUCCUGAAGACGAUCACGGUCUCUAUGCAAUUGAUAUUUUAGAUCCAUCGUGGUUUAUCAAAUGUGUGCAUUUGUCAGAGGUGUAUCAUUUUCAUGAUAUGAUUGAAAUGCUUGUUGAUUGUGGUUAUAAGAAAGGAACCACGCUGUUUGGAUAUGGAUAUGAUUUCAGGCAAAGCAAUAGGAUUGGCAAGUUAAUGGAAGGUCUUAAACACAAGUUGGAAACUGCUUACAAAGCCUCAGGGGGAAGAAAAGUCAAUUUAAUUUCGCAUUCCAUGGGAGGAAUUAUGAUCUUGUGUUUCAUGUCACUACACAGAGAUGUCUUUACUAAAUAUGUGAAUAAAUGGAUUUGCAUGGCUUGCCCUUUCCAAGGAGCCCCAGGGUGCAUCAAUGAUUGUUUAUUAACUGGAUUGGAGUUUGUCGAUGGCUUUCAAGCUUAUUUUUUUGUAAAAAGGUGGACUAUGCAUCAAUUGCUAGUCGAGUGUCCAUCAAUCUAUGAGAUGUUGCCAAAUCCGCAUUAUGAAUGGAAAAGACAACCAGAAAUCCUAGUUUGGCGAAAGCAUGCCAAGGAUGAAAAUGAUGAUAUCAAACUAGAAUCUUAUGGACCAAUCCAGAGUAUCUCUUUAUUUGAAGAAGCACUGAGGCAUAAUGAGAUUAAUUAUAACGGGAAAAUGGUAUCACUGCCCUUUAACUUGGCUAUCCUAGAUUGGGCUGUUGAAACUCGUCAACUUAUAUCCAAUGCCAAACUGCCAGAUGGAGUGUGCUUCUAUAACAUUUAUGGGACAUCAUUUGACACCCCUUUUGAUGUUUGCUAUGGUUCGGAGCAAUCUCCAAUAGUGGACUUACCUGAAAUAUGCCACACAUCGCCACAAUAUUCGUAUGUCGAUGGAGAUGGAACAGUUCCUACUGAAUCUGCCAAGGCUGAUGGACUUAAAGCCACUGAAAGGGUGGGAAUUGCUGCUACCCACCGUGAAAUAUUAAAAGAUGAAAAAGUAUUUCAACAUAUUAAAAAAUGGUUGGGUGUUGAGCCAGUGACUAGCAAGCAAUCUAAGACAUCAAAAGUGGCAGAUGCUGAUCCAAUCAAGCCAAUGGUUCUAUGAACUUGUUACUUGCGUUCCACCUACUCCAAAAAAAAAAAAAAAAACUGGCAUUCAAUGUUAUUCUUUUUUUUCAAACAAAAAAAGGAUGAAGCUUAGAAAGAUUCAAAAGGUACCAUUGUUUGUGCAAUAAACAAUUUGGUGGUAUGCUCAGGUAAUCUAAAAUUACCCGGGUGUAGUGUAAUAUUAUUAUGCAGCAUGUAUUGUAGACUUUAUUAUUGGGGGAUGUACUAUAUUUGGUGGUUAGAAAGCAAACUGCGUCUUUCGCUUACAUUUCCAGGGCGUUUGGCCGUUGGUGACCUUUCCUUCACAAGUACACUUUUUUAUUAGUAGUUUUGAAUUGUAAAAGCACUCUUGUUAGAUUGGUUUGUGUGAACAUGUUAAAAUGUUUCUUUC